ACGCGCGCGAAUCGACCAUCUACAGUGCUCCGACCCGUGUGUGUUGCGGAAAAUCUCGAAGCGUUGCUAACAAAGUGAUCACUAGCGCCCGAUUCCUGUGUACCGAGUGUGUACGGGGUAUACACCGGGGUGAACCUUGACAUACGCGGCGCGCUAUCAUCACCCAACCAACCGUGACAGGGGUCGUGGUGAGCUUCUGGUGCGUGAUAUCUUAUGUACUGGAAAGAGUGGAGGCGGCGGAAAACAUAACAAGUUAAUGAGGCAGUGCGCCGAAUUCCUGACGCCCUAGUGAAAGUGGUGCAGGUGCAGACGCGCGAAGGAUCGACCCGAUCGGUCGCACUGGAUGAUCAUUCAUCGCGGUGCGGUAGAGUGAUCAAUUCGCGAAAGCAGGCGGACAGUUCUGCAAAAUCUCACCACCGAGUGAAAGUUCGCGCGAGGAUAUCCGGCACGAGGUACAGCAGUAACUUUGUGACAAGUGAUCGACAACAACCCCCAGCGGCGGGGUUGACACGUUCGUGAAAAGGAGCCCAGCAACAUGAGUUCCGGACGACCGGGAGGUGGUGGUGGCGGUGGCAGCGGCGGUCAUGUGGGACGGUUUGUCGACAAGAUCAAGCGCACGAUGACCAACGAGGGAGGAGAUGAGAUACGGGAUCCACUACAGUACGGUUACCAGCGGGUCAACACGGCGGAGGGAUCGCUGUCCACCUCGACGACCGCGACCAGCCUCGAUACGAUCGUGCUCGAUACGAACGCGGACGACCUGGCCAGCACACCGGCGGCCCGCGGCCUAUCGCAGCAACAGCAGCGCACGUUCAGCCCGAUCCUCGAGACCGACGACACGAAUCCGUUCCUCGAGCCGACGGCCGAAAAAACGAAAUCCAAAUCGUCCCUGAAGGCGACGUCGCGCGUCUCGUUCGAUCAGGAGGACGAUCAGUUCGACGAGGAUGAGAACAACUUCCGUAAACAGCGGGAACACUUUCAGAAGCACAAAAGCCACAGCACAUCGGAACACAAGACGCAGCUGAUAAAGGAACUGCGCCACCUACUGGCAACCGACAACCGGAGGCAGUUUCAGGGCAAGAAGCAUAUGUCGUUGGAUGUGAAGAGCGCAAAGGUGCUGGAACAACUGCUGAAAGCAUCGUCGUCGUCGGAUGAUUUCGAGGUCCAGCGAAAACAGUUCCAGGAGCGCAAACACAAGAGCCUCGAUGCGCGGCACAUCUCCUUCAAGUUCGACAAGGAACCGUCGCCGUCCAGCAGCGACGACGACUUCGAACCCUCGACCAGUCUGCUGAAGAUCGACGCCGACAUUACGAAGCCGGUUAUCAUUGACCUUAAGGAUCUUGAGUCCAGCGAUGAGGAGGAUUACAUCAGCUCACGCAAACACUUCCAACAGUCCAAGUCCAUGAGCACCGAGUCGCGGAAGAGCAUCCGGUUCAUGGAGAUGGAAAUGGGCACGAAGGAGGAAAACCUGCGGACAGCCGUCCCGUUCGUGAGGCAGAUCACGGAGGAGGGCAAACCGAAGCUCGAAGUGUACCGGCCAACGACGAAUCCCAUCUACAUCUGGAACCAGGUCCUGGCAGCGCUGUCCGUGUCGCUCGGAUCGAUGGUCGUCGGGUUUUCGUCCGCCUACACCUCACCCGCCCUGGUUUCGAUGCAGAACCGCAACAUUACAGCGUUCGAGGUCACGGAUCAAUCGGGCUCCUGGGUCGGUGGUAUUAUGCCACUGGCCGGUCUGGCCGGCGGCAUCCUCGGGGGGCCGAUGAUUGAGUAUCUCGGACGCAAGAACACCAUCCUGGCGACGGCAACACCGUUCAUCAUCUCGUGGCUCCUGAUCGGUUGCGCAACGCACGUGGCAAUGGUGCUUGUCGGUCGUGCCAUGUCCGGACUGUGUGUGGGCAUCGCAUCCCUCUCGCUACCGGUCUAUCUCGGUGAAACGGUCCAGCCGGAAGUGCGCGGAACGCUCGGUCUGCUACCGACAGCGUUCGGUAACAUCGGCAUCCUGAUGUGCUUCGUGGCCGGCAAAUAUCUCGACUGGUCCGGGUUGGCGUUCCUCGGUGCCGUCCUUCCCGUUCCGUUCCUGCUGCUGAUGUUCCUCAUCCCCGAGACGCCCCGUUGGUACGUGUCGCGCAAUCGCGAGGACCGGGCACGCAAAGCCCUGCAGUGGCUGCGUGGCCGCAAGGCCGAUGUCGAACCGGAGCUGAAGGGUAUCUCGAAGUCGCACCAGGAAGCGGAACGGCACGCCUCCAACAGCGCCAUGCUCGACCUGCUGAAGAAGGCCAACCUGAAACCGCUGCUGAUCUCGCUCGGGCUGAUGUUCUUCCAGCAGCUGUCCGGUAUCAAUGCGGUCAUCUUCUACACCGUCAUGAUCUUCAAGAGUGCCGGCUCGACGAUCGACGAAAACCUGUGCACGAUCAUCGUCGGUGUGGUGAACUUCAUUGCGACGUUCAUCGCCACCGUGCUGAUCGAUCGGCUCGGCCGUAAGAUGCUACUGUACAUCUCCGACGUGGCCAUGAUCGUGACACUCAUGACGCUCGGUGGGUUCUUCUACAUGAAGAACAAUGGCGAGGAUGUGUCCCACAUCGGCUGGUUACCGCUGGCCGCGUUUGUCGUGUUUGUGCUCGGCUUCUCGCUCGGUUUCGGCCCCAUUCCGUGGCUCAUGAUGGGAGAGAUUUUGCCGGGCAAAAUUCGUGGUUCCGCAGCGUCCGUCGCGACCGCCUUCAACUGGAGCUGUACGUUUGUCGUGACGAAAACUUUUGCCGACGUUAUCAGUACGAUCGGUACGCACGGUGCGUUUUGGAUGUUUGGCUCGGUCUGCGUCAUCGGUCUGAUGUUCGUCAUCGUGUACGUGCCGGAGACCCAGGGCAAAUCGCUCGAGGACAUCGAACGGAAGAUGAUGGGCCGCGUGAGGCGAAUGAGCUCGGUGGCCAACAUUAAGCCACUGUCGUUCAAUAUGUAAAAACACACGGUCGUCCCAAGGGUUGCCACGGCGGCCACCAUUUGCUUCGAUAGAGGGUUUCCGGAAGCCAAAAAAUCCUGACAAAUUCGUACAUAGAGUAAAGUGGACUAGAGAAUGUGAUAUGCGACCCAAUAGAGUGCCGAGUGCAAUGAGACAAAAAAUUUACAAUUCAAAGCUUGUCAGAAGUUUCUUCCCUUUCGGCCUCACUCCUUGCUCUCUGUGGGCUGGCUGGCUGACACAGUCGGGCCGUUUUAAGGAAUCCUUAGGGCCAUGGCACAAGCCGGUCGACUCAGUGUUAUUGUUUCUUCCGCGUUUCUGGAAACAGCACGCUCGUUCGCUUGAAGUUAUCACUCAGUGAUUAGAAAUAGGGCAAGCCAUGUUCGUGGUCGGGCUUCCGGAAGCUACGGAUUGCGCGGCGAAAACACCGAACAGAAAAUAGCAGCACGGCCACCAAUAAUUGUAAUCCUUGUCUGCUUUCGCAGAACGGAUCACCAAAGUCAAACAUUAUCCUAGGUAAGAGCAGACAAUGAAGGUUUAACCUAAAUUAGGAAGGUGAUUCCGCGGGUCAAGCGGUCACCGGUAGUAGCGCGAGGACAGACAGGGUUGUUUUUUUAUUUUGUAGAAAUGUUUUAGUUCUAGUUUAGUUUUCUUUUCUGCCUCCAGCCAGCGGCCGCAUAGUGGGUCACCGGUGGCUCGCCCGGGAUGUAAAUAGUAUGUGACAGAUAGACACACUGAACAUUGAAAUUAGCGCCGCCAAGUGGCACGAACCAAUUUGGAAGAUUAAUGCAAAAUAUUACCAUGGGCUAUCAAAAGAUGUAUCUGUAAAAUCUUGCAUGAAUACGUUCCGUUUUACGGUAGUGGCCGAUCGGAGGGCAGCCCGUGAAUCUCUGAAUCGUAGCGUAAAAUAUAAACAUUAAACC